CUGACCCGGAAAGAGAAGAAUAAAUUUGGCACCGGAAAUGCUUUUCUCCGGGAAGUGGCUGCUUUGCUGAAGGAGGGUCUGCCAGAAGCGAGUUGCGGGAAUGAAUGCCCCUCCGGCCUUCGAGUCCUUUUUGCUUUUCGAGGGGGAGGAAAAGAUUACAAUAAAUAAGGACACAAAAGUGCCAAAUGCUUGUCUGUUUAUAAUCAACAAAGAGGAUCACACUCUUGGGAAUAUAAUUAAGUCGCAGUUGUUGAAAGAUCCUCAAGUGCUCUUUGCAGGAUACAAGGUCCCCCAUCCCCUUGAACAUAAAAUAAUCAUCCGUGUUCAGACCACUCCCGAUUAUAGCCCCCAGGAAGCUUUCACCAAUGCAAUCACAGAUCUCAUCAGUGAGCUUUCUCUCCUGGAGGAGAGGUUCCGGGUUGCCAUCAAAGACAAACAAGACGGAAUUGAGUAGUGGUUAUAUUUAUCAAAUAUAUUUGUAAAUAAAAUUCAUUUUUCAUUGCAUUAGUCUACAAGAAAUGUAUUUAUGACGACUUUGUUACUUCAUAACUUGUAAGAAAUUUCAGAGUAAGUCACUUACAUGGAAGUUUGGGUUGGCUUAUGUGACAGCUAAUAAAUAGUACUUUUUAA